AAGAACUGAUGUGGUAAAAUGAAAGCGUUUUUUUCCCCAUCAGCUGAUUCGUGAGUCAUCAAGACCUGCGUAUAAAGUACGAACAGAUGAAACAAGUGGAGACUUGGAGGCAGAUUGACUUCGUACUGGAGUGUUAGUGCAGCACAGUGCCGAACAGGACACAGGACACAACUAUGGACAAGGCAGAACUGCUGGAACAGAUCUUUUCCAAAGACAGUAUAGAGUACAAACUCCUUCUGAGGUACACACAGAAGAAACCAACCGCAAACAGUCCCUCCACACAGAGCAAUGGUGUGGGAGAGGCGAAUGUUGCUUUGCCUACGAAACCUCAGGAUCGCCGUAAAUCAAAGAAACUUAAGAAGGAUAGAUUUUUGAAGAUCAUAAGCUGCAUUCGGCCAGUGAAGGAAGAUGACGGUCCUGUGACUGGAAAGCGUAGACAGCCAGCAGCUGGAGAUUCAUCAUGUCCAGACCAGGAGGAAGUGGAACGAAUUGUCAACAAGUUAACCAAGAUCACAGAUCGUGUUCAUUUCCUAUCUACGGAUAUAGAAACUGAUAGUGACGAUGUUGUGGAGAGAAUUGUGGAACUGCUUAGGGAACAUGGAGAUAAACUGAACAAGGAAAUUGAAAAGAACCACGUGCUUAGGAAACAGCUGCAGGACUCUCUGUCAUACGGUUUCUUUAAGAAAGUGGCUCAGACCUUUAUGCAGAGACUGAGUCCAGAGGAGCGUCCUACUACACCGAGCCCACAGCAGGCUGAGAUCGCACUCACCUGUGAGCUGACAAGCCGCUUAAACGCCAUGGACAGCCAUCCCAUGAACCGAGUGCUGGGCUUCGGGGCUAAAUACCUGCAGGACUACCUCAGCCCCUGGGUUAUCCAACAAGGCGGCUACGAAAAAGUUUUCAGCACAGACACUGAUGCUGAGGAUGAAGUUAAUUAAGCCUAGAGGAUUCUGCCUUUUGUUUUUUUUUUUUCUUGAUUUUCUUGAUAUUCUGAAAUGUGCUUCACAAAAAAGCAAAAUGUUUAAAUAUCUGUGCAAAGAUGCCAAAGCUACUGUGAAAUUGUGUGUUCUAGAUAGUAUAGUAUAUACUGCAAUAUAUUAUGCCUUUUUUUUAUUAAUUUUGUGGAGAAAAUAUUUUUGUGUACUUUUGUUGAAAAAAAAAAGAAUAAAAUUUUUUAUCUUGCUAAUACUAGGAGAUAAGAAUCAUUUUAUACGCAUAAAGGGUGUUUUUGUAUUCGUCCACAUGAGAUUCUGUACGUAUGCACAUGGAGGGUAUUUAGGUGGAAUUCUGUUUCUUCUAGUCGUAACUAUCAGAUCCUUUGUAAAUAGAUUUACAGGGUUGCAAUUUAUUUAUGGGGAAAAAGUAACGUAGUAAGAUAGCUUUAUUUGAAUAAAAAAUUUGUGCAGAACUACACCUAAAAAAAAAAAAAAAACCUGUCACUCAAAUUAUUUCAAGAUUAUGAAGUGUUACCAGUUACAAAGCUGGUGUCUAUUAUGAUAGUUUAUGUUUUAGGAAAUCUUUAUAGGAAUUCAUUUAUUUGAACAAACCUGUAUGAGAAUACUCUAUAAGAAUAUUAGAAAUUGCUAAAACGUACAGGAGAGUGGGGUCUCCAGGAUCGAGGUUGGGAACCAUGUUGUGAUAACCACCAGCUAGGAGG